AUGGGCCUCUCCGAUUUCGAGCGCGAGCUUGCUGAAGAGAAGAGCGAAUCUACGAAGCACAGGAGCCGGAGCGAAAAGGACGGCGGCAGAGAACGAAAGCAUCGACAUCAUCACCGGUCACACAAGCACCGCGAGGACGACAAAGACCACGACGAGGAGCGAAGGCGUCGACAUAAGCGAGACCGUGACCAUGGAGAAAGUGAAGAUGGUGAGCGCCGACGCUACCACAAGCGCCGGCGCAGCACCCCACCCGAGCCGAGCAAGCAGGAAGACGUGAAGGUCUUCGACAGUGAUGGAGAGGACGAGUGGGUGGAGAAGGAGGCUGUGACCGCACCGCCUGAAGAGGAUGUGCUUGACGAGCGAGGAAGUAAUCUUCAGCAGGAAAAAGUCCAGAGAGAUGCUUGGAUGCAAGAGCCGAGUGGCCUGGACAUUGAGUAUACGCAGAGCAGGAAGCACAAAGCGCCGCAGAGCCAAUUCGUUGGCGCGAAAGAGGAUCAUGGGUUUAAGAUGCAGACGAGUGAGGUUAAUCAGCAUUUGAGGGAUCUGGAGAAGGACUUUGACGAUGAGGACGACAAGAAGGACGAGGCGGCUGCGGUGGAGAAUGAGCCGGCGCAGCACGAGGUCAGCUACACGUUCGGCAAUUCAGGAAGUUCCUGGCGCAUGAAGAAGCUGCAGGCGAUCUACCGUCAGGCGAAAGAGAGCGGGAAGAGCGUGGAUGAUGUUGCGCUGGAACGAUAUGGCGAUCUUCGUGAUUUCGAUGAUGCGCGGGAGGAGGAGCGAGAGAUGGACAGGAGGAAGAUGUAUGGCAAAGAGUACGUGGGGCUUGAGAAACCUUCUGGCGAACUAUUCCAGGAGCGCAAAAUGAAGGCUGGGGUGCGGCGCGAGUCUGGCAAUGAGGAGAGCAGCCGACAGGAUCAAGAACUUCCUCAAGGCGAACGAGUGCCAGACACUUCGUCGCCUCCUGCAAAGACAGCACCGCUCGAUUCGACUGCACUCAACAAGCUCAAAGCCCAGCUGAUGAAGGCGAAGCUGCGGAAGGACCCUAAUACUGCUCAACUCGAGAAGGAGUAUAAUCUCGCAGAAGCAGCUUCUCUGGCUAACACCAAGCAGAACGACGUAGUCGUGCUAAACAACAUGGAGAAUCGUGCCCUUGCCUCUGGUCGUGGUGGUGAAGUGACUUCUCGAACCGGCAAACGCGCGCAGGAGCGUGGGCUGGUGACUGAGAACGAGGACAUGAGCAUUGAAGACAUGGUCAAGCAAGAACGUCGGAGUGCACGCGGUGCUGGAGGUGGCGGCUCAGGACGAGAGUUCGCGGAGCGUAUUGCGAAGGACGGCAAAUUUACCAACAACCUCGACUACAUGGACGACAAUGCCACCAACCUCAGCAAGAACGUCAUCAAAUCCGACUCGCAGCUUCGCAACACCGCCAUUGAGGACUUCCAGCGCAUGCAGCGCACUCUUGAUAGCUGCCCUCUCUGCCACCAUGAAGACAAACCGGACCCGUUGCCGACUGCACCGCUCGUGAGCCUUGCAACCCGCACGUUUCUUACGCUCCCCACGGAGCCGGAGCUCGCGAAACUCGGCGCCGUCAUCGUGCCCAUCCAGCACCGUCUCAAUCUUCUCGAAUGCGACGACGACGAAUGGGAAGAAAUCCGCAACUUCAUGAAAUCCCUCACCCGCCUCUACGACGCCCACGACCGCGGCGUCCUCUUCUACGAAAACGCCGCCCACACUUCCUCCCGCAAAGGCCACGCCGCGCUCAACGCCAUCCCGCUCCCCCACCACCUCGCCGAGACCGCGCCCAUGUACUUCAAGGAGGCCAUCCUCGCGCAGGCAGAGCAGUGGUCACAGCAUAAACCUAUCAUCGACACUCUCGCACUAAGCCAGAAACCCGGCUACGGACGGCAGGCUUUCCGGAAGGCGAUGGUGAAGGAGAUGCCGUAUUUUCAUGUCUUUUUCUCGGUGGAUGGAGGUUUGGGGCAUGUGGUGGAGGAUGAGCGGAAGUGGCCGAAGGGGGAUCUGUUUGCGAGGGAGGUUAUUGGAGGGAUGUUGGACAAGGGAGUGGAGGUUGUGAAGAAGCAGGGACGUUGGGAGAGGGGGGAUAGGAGGGUGGAGGGUUUUAGGAAGACAUGGGGGAAGUGGGAUUGGACGAAGGUGUUGAUGGAGGGGUAG